AUGGGCUUGACGCAAGAGAAGCUCGGCUCCCUCUUUGCCUCGCUCUGGACACGCCUAGCGACACUCAGCACGGAUGAUCGCCCUGCUGAGAUCUUGCGAGCCUCUCUCGAGCUGCUCUCAGUCUACUGCGUUGCAAAAGCCGUGCGGGGCAACCAGCCUGCCCUCGUAGCGACAAAGUUGCGACUACUUGUGGUCUAUCUCAGUGUGACGGGUCAUAGAGCCCUCCUUGCGACGCCGGACUUCACGGCGGCUUACAUGACAGUAUCACGCAAUCUCGAGAGUCAGCUUGUGCGUGGCUCGCCGCCCGCCUCUGCGGACUCGAUCACGACGAUGACGACGCCGGAAGGGAUGAGAGCCUUCAACGAAGCAAGGCGAUCGAGCGCAGGACGAUGGCAUUCGAAGACCGUCGAAGUGCCCUGCUUGACUUGUGCCCAGCUCAUGACGAUCACCACCCCCGUCGUCGCGGUCCGAGACGAGGAGGAGCACCUGCCGAUCUACGAACCACGUUUGCAGCAGUGA